AUGGAUGAACAAAGAAAUAAACUGGCUGAUCCAAAUGCCGAAAAUGUCCCAUCUCCAGUUAUCCUAGUUGUUCCUGCUCUUCGUGAGCGUGUUCCAAAAUAUGCAAAAUACCUAAAAUAUAUAGUGUCGAACAAGAACCAGUUGACAGAGUAUGCUACAGUUGCACUUACUGAAAAGUGCACAUCUAACAUUCAAAAUAAACUGCCCAUGAAGCUAAAGGAUCCAGGAAGUUUCACUUUGCAGAUCACCAUAGGGCAACCUAUUAGUGCUCAUGGACUGUGUGACUUGGGGGCUAGCAUCAAUCUUAUCACCAUAUAUUGGUACCAAAAGAUGGGUCUUGGGAGUCCCAAACCCACAACUAUUGUUUUACAAUUAGCAGACAGGUCCCUCGCUAAGCCUGAUGGUAUUAUCGAAGCUGUCUUGGUGCAAGUGGGAUCCUUAAUCUUUCUAAUGGAUUUUGUAAUUCAUGACUCUGAAGCUGAUCCUAUUGUUCCAUUUAUUUUAGAAUGA